AUGCCGAUCGCACAGCUUCUGGCGGCCAAUCCGUACAACCCUGAAAUCCUCCCGGAUCUUGAAAAGCACGUGGACGAUCAGAUCGCCAAUGGGACGUACGACUUGGAUGCCAACCUCACACUGCUGCGCCUCUACAUGUUUGAGCCCGCGCGAGUGAACGUGCGCAAGAUCAGCGGGGUCCUCAUCAAGGCUAUGAUGGCUCUGCCUCGCACGGACGUCACUCUGUGCCUCUGCCUCAUUCCCGAGAGAUAUCAAAUCGAGGAGCCUCUUUCCACCCUCAUUGCUCUCUCGCAAUUCCUUGAGACGGCCCGGUUCCGCGAGUUCUGGUCAGAGGUGGAGCAGCAACGGGAUCUGCUGGGGGCAGUGCCUGGUUUCGCGGAAGCCAUUCAGGCGUAUGCCCUUCAUGUGCUCGCCAUCUCACACCGCCGUGUGCCCAGAGAGAUACUGGCUGAGGCUAUCAACAUGAACGGGCCGGCCUUGGACGACUUUAUUCAGCGCCACGUGGAGGCCAGUGGUUGGAUGGUGGCGCCAGGGAAGACCGGCCAGGUGGUGGAGCUACCGAGCAACAUUGAGGCGCAAGCAGCGUCGCGGGGAUUGACAGAGUCCAUUCCCUUGGACCACGUGUCUCGCCUCUUCCCUGUCCUCUCGUAA